AUGAAACAACAAAUUUAUUCAUUACAUUUAUCAAAUAAAGAUACAUGUAGACAAAUCGACACAUUUCUAUCAUUUCUUCCACUUAAUGAAUUAUCUCAUUUACAAACAUUAAUUUUAACUCAAAUUGAAAAAGAAAAUAUUAUUAAAUUAAAAUCUAUGUUAGCAUUAUCAACUAAUUUAUUAUCUUUUAAAUUAAUUUCUUCUGAAAUUGAUGAAGAUGAAAUAAUAUUUAUUCUUCCAUUAUCUAAUUUACAAAAAUUAUCAAUUCUAUCAUUACGAUCAUUUCAAAUACAUAUUCAACAAACUACUGGAAUCACACACUUAACAAUUUUCAAUUAUUCUUUAGAACAAUUAAUUUAUCAAUUAUUUCAAUAUGUUCCAAUGUUGACAUAUCCCAAUAUUGAAUAUAUUUCCAAAUAUAAUCGAUCGAUGAAGAAUAAUGAAAAUAUUCAUAAACAUAAUGCUAUUUAUCUAGAAAAAUUGAUUAUUGGUGAAUUUAAAUAUGACUUUAAAGAUUUUGCAAAUUUUAUUAAACAAAUACCAAAUUUAAAAAUAUCCGACAAAUCUUCCAUAUGUAUUUAUACAACACCUUAUUUAUCAAAUACAUUUCAAAUGGAACCGGAUACUAUAACAUAUUUUCGUACGAUUUCUUAUAAAUCGAAUCUAUUCGAUAAAGUAACCAAUCUUAUAUUAACUCAUCAAUCGAUAAUAGACAAAUGUCAAUAUCAUUUUCCAAAUGUUACUUCAUUAACAUUAAUUAGUUCGGAUGAAGUGAUUAAUGAUUCUUUAGAAAAAAUAGAUUUUAUUCAGUGUUUGAAAAUGACUGUUAAUUUAUCGAAAUUAAUACAUUUAGAUAUUCCAAAAUAUCAAAAGAUUAUUUUAUCAGGAAAUUUAUUAGAAUUAUUAAAAGAAUCAUCACAAUUAUCAUCAAUGAAAAUUGAUCCAUUUGAUUUAACAUUAUUAUAUAACAAUGAAGAAUUAUGUGAAUAUUUAAAGAAAAUGAUUAAAAAAUUAAAUAUUUAUAAAUAUUUUACAACUUACAUGUAA